UUCAUGGCCUAGAUUUUCUUGACAUGUCGUAGCUUGCAACUGACCUUAUUAUCAAUACCGUUAAGCGAGGAAGCGAGAUAACGACAUACACUGUAAACAUGUCGGCGAGAGGAGUUAAGAAGAGGCCGCUCAAGGGGCAAAAAACGCGAUCCCAGCGUGCUGAAGUAUUGUUUCCCGUUGGGAGAAUGUUAAGGUAUCUUAAACGUGACACGCACCACUUCCGUAUUGGUGCUGGAGCACCGGUUUAUGCAGCUGCUGUCAUCGAAUACUUGACUGCUGAAAUUUUAGAACUAGCCGGUAACGCAGCACAGCAUAACAAAAAGCAACGAGUUACACCUAGGCAUAUCUUACUAGCCAUUGCUAAUGAUGAAGAGCUACACACACUAUUAAAACAUGUCACUAUUCCAGCAGGGGGAGUCUUGCCAAGGAUUCACCCAGAACUGCUGGGUCGCAAGAAAGGAGGAAAAUUUCCAAACACUCCAGUGGGAUCUCCAGCACCCUCUUUACCGGCAUUACCAAUUAAAAAGCCCAAAAUAACUAAUGGGCCGAAAGCCAGUACCAGUAAGCCGGUCAUUGCUGGAAAAGUUAAGAAACGCAUACCGACACCAGUGCAUUUCAGACCGAAACUCAAAGCUGUAAGAUCAAAAGCUAAGCCUUUGGUAAACUCAACUUUAAAUGGACCAUCAGGAUCAAAAUCCACAGAUGCCCUCCCAGAUGCAAGUGGAUUUACUACAUUAUCAGAGAAAAAACUUUUUCUAGGACAAAAAUUAACCGUGGUCAAAGGAGAUAUUGUAAAAAUGGCAGCAGAUGCAAUUGUCCAUCCGACCAGUUCAAAUUAUCAUAUGGGUGGGGAAGUAGGAAAUGCCCUCAGUAAUGCCGGUGGUAAAGAAUUCCGUCAAGAAAUCGAAAAUCUAAGAUCAACUCAUGGCGAUUUAGAUACUGCUGGAGCAGCCAUUUGUCCUGGAAAGAAAUUUCCAGCUAAGUUUGUUAUUCACGUCAAUAGUCCUUCAUGGUCUACCAGUAACUCCACAGAAUUAUUAACCAAAGCUGUUAAUAAUGUUUUUGCGCUUGCUGAUGAGAAGAAUCUUAAAACAGUGGCCAUACCUUCAAUAGGAAGUGGGCAUGGAGGAUUUCCCAAACAGGCUGCAGCACAAUUAAUUCUACAGGCCAUUAAUGCAUACUUUACUAAAGUCACCACUAGUUCUCUUAAACAAGUUUACUUUGUUUUGUACGACACAGAAAGUAUCAACAUCUACACAAGUGAACUAGCUAAAUUGGAUGCGUAAUUUAAAAAUAAUUUUGUUAGGAUGUGUAGAAAGAAAUUUUGUCAUUUUGUUGUUUGAUAUAAUUGAUAAAUCAUCAAUACAUAAAAUAUGAAUUUUAAUUAAUGUUUGUCUUAACUAUAAUAUAGUAAGAAUAACUGUGGGAAUAUGUUGAGUGCACACCAUUCUAAUAUAAAAUUUAUUAAUGGUUUUUAUAUUAUGUUAACCUCCCUAUGUCAAUCACACAUUGUACUAAAGAAGUGUUCUUUUUACUUUCAUUUUUUUUUUUGUAACACAUAUAUUUAAUCAUAUUAUUAUUAAUUCUUCAUAUUUUAAUGUGUAUUUAUGUUAUUGUUUUAAAAUAUUUAUGAGUAGAUGUGGUGAUCGAAGAUGUUUUUGAAACAAAAAAUCCUUUGGUAAUUGUCCAAGGUGUUUUUGGCUGCUACUAUUUGUUGUGCAAAUUCAAAUAGUUAAUUAAUUUUUUUAACUUCUCAAAUUUUCAGGUAUUAAGAUUAGAAACAGAUUCAUGUUUUGGUUCAGGGUUCUUAAUUUAAUUCCAGAUCUGAAAAAAAAUAUCAAAGGAACUUGGUGUGCAUUGAGUGAUGUGAUGUUUCAUAUAUAUAUAUAUUGGCAUAUUCAUUUCAUAAUUAUUUUGCUUAAUCCUAAAACUAGUUAUAAUAUAUUAUUUAAAUUUUAAUAUAAUAAAGAAUUAUGCAAUAUGACAUUUAAAGUCAUAAAACUAAUAUUGUGCUGAAGCUGAAGUAAAGCUGAAAAUCAUGGACAAAAUCAUUAAUUUCAUUUGUAUUGUAUUAUUUUAUUUUAUAUGAAAAACAUUUUAGGUAAGAAUUAUCAUAGACAAAUGACCACAUCCAUGGUCAGUCAUUUAGAAUUUAAGCAUAUAGCCAAAUGUAUAGUAUUCAAUCAUCAAUAAUAUCCUAUGUAUUUUAUAUGCCUUUUAUAGACCAAAAGAAACAACAGGCCAUCAUUGUAAUUUGAAGUCACGCAUUCAGGCUUUUAAUUUCAGACUGGGAGAUAGAGACUAUAUUUCUAUUAUCAUAACAUGAAUUGGGUGCUAUAAAUAACUGUUCGUAAGGGCACUCAAAUAGUAAACAUGAUUUUUUUUAAGUAUUUUAUAUCACAGGCUUUGAUAAUGUUAUUAUUUAUGAACUAAUGUUGAUUUUUGUUAAACUUUUAAUUGUUUUGACCUAAUUAUUAUUGAUUAAUAUUGUGAUUAUCUACCUUAGUUUACAGUGUUGGAUUCUCGUAGUAAGAACUGAGUGUUUUUUUUAUAUGAAGUUACUUGAUUUAGGAAUAUAUAAAUAUGUCUGUUUGAGAAAAAAUAUUUUAUCUGUGACUCUAGUGUGUAUGUAAUAAACACUUCAAGAAAAUAAACCUGUUUGAAUUUAAAAAAGUAA